AUGUACAUCAGCUCAGUGAGUUCACACUUUUCAGAAGUCUCUCGUCUGUUAUCUGGAUACCGCGAAUCUGUUUGUUGGAGAAGAUUCCGUCUUGUGUUUCUAGAGAAUACAGUAUCAUUUCUCGGGAUUUCGUUUUGUUUCCUCGGCGACGAUUUCGGAACAAACUUAUCCAACAGACAAUCGGACGACACCGUAUACAAUGAAUUAGGUACAGCUCCUAUACAGAGAGUGAGAGCGUACUUCCAAAAGCGCCGCGAAAUAUCGUUCAUUUCACGCCGGUCGAACAACAAAUUAUUUACUUUUCUCAACGCCACAUUAAAAAAAAACUUAUUUCAUCUCGUCGUGUCUGACGCUUCUUCGUUUUACACAAGUGCAGACGCUAUGCCAAGCGACAAAAAAAUAAUUCGACCUUUCCACGGAACGAGCGAUUUCGGCAGGUUCACUCGUCGGCAAAACAGCAAAUAA